CUUUUGUCAAUGUCUGUGUGUGCGUCUCUCUCUCUCUCUCUCUCUCUCUCUCGGAAGAGGAGUGUUGUUCACUAAUGCUUUAAGAAUCCUCUUAACCAAGUAAUCACAUGACCCAUCUGCCCUAUAGGCUAUUACCCAUCAGCCACCUCCCAGCCUACACCAAUAUGUCAUGUCCUUAGCCUCUUCAGAGCAGCUCAAGAAAAGACCAUGCUAAUCUCUCCUCUAGCAGACAGGAACCAGAAGGAGUUGUGUUCAGUGUUGUGUGAUGUGUUGGAGGAGCAGUCUCACAGGGAACUGUUUGCCUUAGAGCUGGGCUCUGGCACAGGACAGCAUGUGGUCAACUUCGCCAUGGCCAUGCCCUUCAUCACCUGGCAACCGUCAGACAUCAAAGAGGAGUCCCGUGACAGUAUCAGAGCCUACAUAGCGGCAACCAAAGUUAAGACUGUGCUGCAGCCUGUGCACCUGGACGCCAGCGAACCCUGGGAGAAGUGGGCGGGCCUUCCACGCGGGGCCUGUGAUGUCAUCGUGGCCAUUAACCUGCUUCAGUACAGCUCUUUCAAAACUGUCGAGGGCGUAGUCAAAGGAUCAGGCCAGAUCCUCAGACAAAAUGGUCUCCUGAUCACACAUGGGCCCUACGCCAUCAACGGCACCAUCACCCCCAGCUGUCUGGAGGACUUGGACCAGGAACUACGAGAGAUGAACCCAGGGUGGGGUCUACCAGACAUCGACGUUCUGAGACAGCUGGCGUUUGGGAACGGGAUGCGUAUGGAGAGGAUGAUAGAGAUGGAACAGUAUAAUAAAUGCCUGGUCUUCAGGAAACGUUGACAUGAAAACAGGGCUUCUUCUGCAUCUGAGCAAACAUCCUGAUGACCCACAUUUUAAACAUCUAUUUAUGUAAAUAAAGUACGUUAUGCAAAAUAAAA